AUCCUCGCCGCUUUUAUUGGACCCGCCGCUGUCAGACAGAGAGAGAGAGAGAGAGGGAGAGAAAGAGAGAGAGAGAGAAGAGAGAGAGAGAGAAAGAAAGAAAGAAAGAGAGAGCGCGAGGGAGCUUUACUGUAUUUAUGGGCUUAUUUUAUUUUAUACACGCACGCACGCACGCACGCACGCUCGCACCGCCGCGCGCGCACACACACUCACUCACUCACACGCUCGCACGCACACACGCGCUCGCGCUCGGACGAGGAAAACGCCUCGGUGUGGCGUGCGCACGCGACGCCGCUCUUACAUUUUUGGGUUGUUGCUUUUCCACGGAUCGACAAACUUGCAGGGGCGUAGAGCAGCGGCGCGAGCGCAGGGGGGCUCCUGCCGCCACCAGCACCGUCUGUGUGUUGUCUUUUCCCGGUCCGGAGGCUGGGGGUCUGUGACAGUUCCGAAGUCUGAGGGGAUUUCUCCUUUUAUUUUGGCCUCUGGAGGAGAAGUCGGAGAAGGAGGAGAGGAGGAGAGAAGGAGGGGGGCACCGCAGCCCCUGCUGGCUCUCACGGCCUUGUCAGGGUCUCCUCUUCACUAAGGAUCUUCUUCUUUGUAUCUAAUCCCUGAGAAUCUUCGUUUUGUCUCCUCACUGAUGGUCUUUUUCUCCUUCUUUCCUCACUGAGGAUCUUUUUCUCCUCCUCUUCUCACUAAGGAUCACUGAGGGUCUCCUCCUGUUCCUCCUCUCCUGCGUCCUGUUCCUCAUCCUGGAUGUGCUUGCUGCUGGAUGUGCUGAUCAGAAGAACAUCAGAGGAACAUCAGAACACCAGGACACGCUGGUCGUUGGUGGUGGAUGGAGUGUGUGCUGGGAUUAAAUGCGUGCUGCUGCUGGAGUGUGUAGACUAGAGACCCCCUCCAGGUAGCCUGAAGCCCCCCUCCUCCUCAAGCUAUGCCUCGAGAAUAUUUCAGCCUGUUGAUGAAAGUGGAGCAAACUGAAGAGAGGGAUUCAUUCCUGCAGUGAGUGUGUGUGUGUGAGUGUGAUGUGAUGUGUGACUGACUGUGAGUGUGUAUGUAUGCAUGCAUGUAUGUGUGUGUGAGGGAGAGAGAGUGUAGAGUGUAAGGCCAUGGAUCUAACUAGGGCCUUAAAAUAAUAAUACUAUUAUUAUUAUUAUUAUUAAUAUUAAUAAUAAUAUUAAAUUAUAAGUGGACACUGAAGAAUCUAGCUAUACACCCACACAAAUACACACAAAUACAAAUCCAGGGGUCAGGGGCCAAGAAGAAUGAGGGUCCGGUGAUGUGGGCCCCAGAAGGAAGGAGGAGGUGAAGACGUGUAUGGGCCUUAGGGGUCACGUACACACACAGCACACAUACACACAGUACAUACACACACACACACAGAUCUUUAGCCUACACAUGCAUGUUAGGCUGCUGCUUCUUCAUGUAAGAGGCCGAGAGGAAAUCUGGUUCCUGGGCCUGGGGGCCGGAGGGGUGGGCUGCUACUCCACGGUAACAACGGGACGGGACGUUUCUAAUCAGAUAACCAGAGAAAAACGGGAGAUCUGACACACACACAGAGACAGAGCAAAGCUUAGAGUUGUGGGCUGUCAGGCUGCGGUUGGAGGGGUGGACAGAAGGACGGACGGACGCACAGCUGAAGCAGGGGCAGUGCAGCAUGGGCUGUGCUUCAAGCAUCCAUAUUUCGGAUAGGGUGGUGUAUCACAGCGGGAAAGAAGCCGAGGACUCACACUCGCCUCCGCAGAGCAACACACACCCGGGCCUGCCCGUCAAACCCUCCAACAAGAGCUCACUGACUGAGGUGCAGUUUGGACGGAUGAAGUUAUAUGAAGAUCAGCUUCAGGUACUGUUAGUGUUUGCCAAAGAGGACAGCCAGAGCAGUGGGUUCUGCUGGGCAUGCGAGCGAGCAAACUUCAGGGUGAGCGUGGCUCGCACGCCCGAGUCUGCACUGCACAGCUUUCUGGAGAAGCACCAUGACCUCAUCAUCAUCGACCACAGACAUUCCAGAAACUUCGAUGCAGAAGCUCUCUGCCGCUCCAUCCGAGCACUGAGCUCCUCUCAGAACACUGUUAUUGUUGCUGUUGUGAAAAGGCCGGAUCGUGAAGAAGCCACUGUGAUGCCUCUGCUAUCUGCUGGAUUUAACAGGCGCUAUGUUGAGAACUCCAACAUGAUGGCCUGCUACAACGAGCUCAUCCAACUCCAUCACGGAGAGAUCCGCUCACAGAUCAAACUCAGAGCUUGUAAUGCUAUUUUCACGGCUCUGGAACAGAGCCAGGAUGCCAUCGAGAUCAGCAAUGAAGACCAGCUAAUACAGUAUGUUAACCCUGCGUAUGAGAGUGUAAUGGGGUACCAGCAGGGGGAGCUGAUGGCCAAGGAGAACGUUGAAGUGCCUAAAAGUGAGAAAAACAAACCCGACCUGCUGGAGAGCAUCAACAACUGCAUCCGCAAGGGAAAGGAAUGGCAGGGUCUUUAUUAUGCCAAAAAGAAGAACGGAGACAGCGUCCAGCAGAAUGUGAAGAUAACGCCUGUCAUUGGACAGGGAGGUAAAGUCAGACACUAUGUGUCCAUAAACAGGCCUUUAAACGACAAUAACAAGUCUGAACGGUCGAGUGAACGCGUCCAGGCUGAAUCACAGACAGAUAAUCAGUCCAGCAAACAUAAAGACCGGCGGAAAGGAUCUCUAGAUGUUCGGUCAACAACGUCACGAGGGAGUGAUGGAAGCUCUCAGAGGAGACACUCCUCCAUGGCCAGAAUUCACUCCAUGACUAUAGAAGCUCCAAUAACUAAGGUGAUUAAUAUAAUUAACGCGGCUCAGGAGAGCAGUCCGAUGCCGGUGGCCGAGGCUCUGGACCGAGUUCUGGAGAUUCUCAGAACAACGGAGCUUUACUCUCCUCAACUGGGCACCAAGGAUGAGGACCCCCACACUAAUGACCUCGUAGGGGGGCUUAUGACGGACGGGCUACGUAGGUUAUCAGGGAAUGAGUACAUCUUCUCUACUAAGCAUCCACAUCACCUUCCCAGUCUGACCACACCUCUGUCUCUGAAUGACAUCCCUCCACGCGUGGCUCAAACCAUGGAGAACGAGGACUCGUGGGACUUCGACAUCUUCAGCCUGGAAGCAGCCACCAUGAAACGGCCGCUGACGUAUUUGGGGCUGAAGAUUUUCUCGCGGUUUGGAGUGUGUGAGUUCCUGAGCUGUCCUGAGGCAACGCUGCGCUCUUGGCUGCAGGUCAUCGAGGCUAAUUACCACUCCAGCAACUCCUACCACAACUCCUCCCACGCCGCAGACGUCCUGCACGCCACUGCCUACUUUCUCUGCAAGGAGCGUGUCAAGCAAAGUCUGGACCCGAUAGAUGAAGUAGCGGCUCUGAUCGCAGCGACGGUGCAUGACGUUGAUCACCCGGGCCGGACCAACUCGUUUCUGUGCAACGCGGGCAGCGAGCUGGCCAUCCUCUACAAUGACACUGCCGUGCUGGAGAGCCACCACGCUGCUCUCGCCUUCCAGCUCAGCACACGCGACGACAAGUGCAACAUUUUCAAAAACAUGGAGAGGACGGAGUACCGCUCACUGAGACAGGCCAUCAUCGACAUGGUGCUGGCCACUGAAAUGACCAAACACUUCGAACAUGUCAACAAGUUUGUCAACAGCAUCAACAAGCCGCUCGCUGCCUUGGAGGAAAAUGGGGGUAAUGGAGAUGAUGAGGCAGUGAAGGGAAUUCUGUCAGUGCCGGAGAAUCGGAUCUUGGUGAAGCGGAUGCUGAUAAAGUGCGCAGAUAUCUCCAACCCCUGUAGACCCCUGGAGCUCUGCAUCGAGUGGGCUGGACGCAUCUCUGAGGAGUACUUCGCUCAGACGGAUGAGGAGAAGAGGCAGGGGUUGCCCGUGGUGAUGCCUGUGUUUGACCGGAACACGUGCAGCAUUCCCAAAUCCCAGAUUUCCUUCAUCGACUACUUCAUCACUGACAUGUUCGACGCCUGGGAUGCAUUUGCUGACCUGCCAAAUCUGAUGCAGCAUUUGGACAACAACUUCAAGUACUGGAAAAGCCUCGACGAGCGGAAACUACACACACUGCGGCCUCCUCCGGAGUAACACACACACACACACCGCCGGUGAACACUACGGCUGAACACGAUGCCAUCUACAGUCUCCCUCUCUCUCUCACACACACACACACACACACACACACACACACACAGACAGACAGACACACGUACAGACUGCUUAGUAUAUGAGAGAGGCCUCGGAAACUCCACUGUUCCCUCUGCCGGCCGAGCCUGGAACUGCAGGGAAACUCCAUCCAGUACACCCGAGUGGCUUUACAGCAUGUGUGUGCGUACCUAUGUGCGUGCGUUUGUGUGUGUGUGUACGUGUGUGUGUACGUGUGUGUGUGUAUGUUAGACAGAGAGACGAGAGAGAGAGAGAUUAUUACGAGAGAUACAGAUGAUAAUUCCACAUGAAGAAGAUAACUACCGUGGUCCGGGUCCUCGUGAAGAAACACUAACAACACACUCCAUCCAUCUCUUUCUACACACCCUCACUCACUCACUCACUCACUCGUUACUUAGUUAGUUAGUUAGUUAGUUUGUUUGUUUGUUGUUUUGUUUGCUGCCUGCAGGGCUUAAUGAUAGAUCUGGACUCUGCGAGUGCUGCAGACGCACAAAACUCCACUCACACGCCGCUAUUUAUUUGUUUUCUGGACUACAGGAGGGUGAUCUCUUAGCUAACGAGCAGAAAUACGAUAAAUACGAGAAGCCAAAGUUGAUUAACGCGCGUAAAUUAUAACCCCCAGUCUUGUCUGUGUUUAAUAUCCAUAGAUUUAAGAAGAAAAGAAGAAGCAUUAAUGUUACAAAUGUUUAUUUUUUACUGAACAAAAGUCGUUUGAAUCUUCCUGUUGCACUGUAGAGGGUGUGUGUCGGAAGUGGGCGGGGCUGAGCAGUGGGCUGUGAGUGUGGUUUAUGUGUGUGUGUGUGUGUGUGUGUGUGUGUGUGUAUGCGUAUGCGUGUAUGCGCGUGUGUGUGUGUGUGUGUGUGUGCAUUUGGAAGGCAGGAACGCAGGACUCUCCGGAUUGUUGCUCUACUCAGCAUGGCUUUCAAUAAGAGCAAAGAUCUGUGAAAAACAAACAAACAAAAAAAAGCUAAAGUUUUUGGACGUUUUUUCCUCCCUGGAUGUUUUCUAUGUGGUUUGUUCUACUGAGAGACUGCCUUAUUUUCUACUCUAUUUAUACAGCACACCCACUGUCCAAAUACUUCUGCAGUUUUUAAUAACACAGAUCAGAGAGUUAUGUUGAAGCAAAUCUCAAUAUUUUUGUACAGACUUAUACAUUUUACACUGGAACAAAAAGAACAGCAGAGCAGAGGAGCAGAGCGGAGAGAUCCCGACUCUCUGUGGAAUAAUAAAUCAGCGUUCUGAAGAGGGGAGGCGCCCCCUACCUGUGUGGCUCCACCGCAGGUGUGUUUGUGCGCAUGUGCACACCUGCGCAGACUCCUGAACCCACCGCCGGCUCCCCCGCGCCGCUAAAAAGAGCUUUGCCGAAGCCGCCGCUGAGCGCUCUGUCCUCAAACCCCCGCCAGGAGUCACUCACUCAAUCAGGGUUUGUUUUUGGUUGUUUUUUUAUCCUGAUUCGAUGCUACAGCACAGAGAAGAAAUAGAGAAAAUAAUAUUGAAAUUGAAAAUAAAUAAUGAUAAUGUGUA